GGACGAGCACACACUAGCAGUGAUCCACUUUCCACGGCGCUUCACCUUUCUCUGUUCCGUCUCCGUCCGGCAGACAUGGAUCUGGAGGUACUAACACAUGCGGCGCUCUCGCUUGCCAUCCAGCCCGAGUUUGCGCUUUAGCUGUGCGCUCCCGGCCCGUGGCUCGUCCCGCCGCUCACCAAAACGGACUGUUAUUAUUAUUUUUCUAAAACAUCAGUGUAGCAGCAGAGAGGGGGUGGGGUGGGUGGGGGGUCAGUGGAGACUGAGCAGCAGAAGAGGGACCACACAGUCGUGACAGCAAAGGCCGUUUCAGGAUAUCGGGGGCAGCUGAGAGCUUUUUGUGUCCUCCAUCAUGGCGAGUGACUCUCCAGCUCGGAGUCUGGAUGAAAUCGACCUGUCCGCUUUGAGGGAUCCUGCUGGCAUCUUUGAGCUGGUUGAGCUGGUGGGAAAUGGCACCUAUGGGCAGGUGUACAAGGGUCGCCAUGUUAAGACAGGGCAGCUGGCAGCCAUCAAGGUCAUGGAUGUCACCGGGGAUGAGGAAGAGGAGAUUAAAGCUGAAAUUAACAUGCUGAAGAAAUACAGUCACCAUCGAAACAUCGCCACCUACUAUGGAGCAUUCAUCAAGAAAAACCCCCCUGGCGUAGACGACCAGCUCUGGCUCGUCAUGGAGUUCUGCGGAGCCGGCUCAGUGACAGACUUGAUCAAGAACACCAAGGGCAACUCUCUAAAGGAGGAGUGGACCGCAUACAUCUGCCGAGAGAUUCUCAGGGGUCUGACUCAUCUCCAUCAGCACAAGGUCAUACACAGAGACAUCAAGGGACAGAACGUCCUGCUGACUGAGAACGCAGAGGUCAAACUAGUGGACUUUGGUGUUUCAGCCCAGCUGGACAGAACAGUAGGAAGGAGGAACACAUUUAUCGGGACGCCAUAUUGGAUGGCGCCAGAGGUUAUCGCCUGUGACGAGAACCCUGACGCCACAUACGACUUCAAGAGUGAUUUAUGGUCACUGGGAAUCACAGCGAUAGAGAUGGCUGAAGGAGCACCACCGCUGUGUGACAUGCACCCAAUGAGAGCCCUCUUCCUCAUCCCGCGCAACCCCGCCCCCAGGCUCAAGUCAAAGAAGUGGUCGAAGAAGUUCCAGUCAUUCAUAGAGAGCUGUCUGGUGAAGAGCCACAGCCAGAGACCCAGCACCGAGCAGCUCCUCAAACACCCGUUCAUCAGAGACCUGCCCAACGAGAGGCAGAUCCGCAUCCAGCUGAAGGACCACAUCGACCGCACCAAGAAGAAGAGAGGAGAGAGGGAUGAAACAGAGUAUGAGUACAGUGGCAGUGAAGAGGAAGAUGAAGAAAGAGACAUGGGUGAACCAAGCUCCAUCAUCAACAUCCCCGGAGAAUCCACCCUGAGGCGGGACUUCCUGCGACUCCAGCUGGCCAAUAAGGAGCGCUCGGAAGCGCAGCGGCGGCAACAGCUGGAGCAACAGCAGAAUGAGGAGCACAAGCGCUUACUGUUGGCUGAGAGACAGAAACGCAUCGAGGAACAGAAGGAGCAGAGGAGGCGGCUGGAGGAGCAGCAGCAGCGAGAGCGCGAGCUGAGGAAACAGCAUGAGAGGGAGCAGAGGAGGCGCUAUGAGGAAAUGGAGCAGCUCCGCAGAGAGGAGGAGAGGAGGCAUGCAGAGAGAGAACAGGAGUAUAUCCGUAGACAGCUGGAAGAGGAACAGAGGCAGUUAGAGAUUCUCCAGCAGCAGCUACUACAGGAACAGGCAUUACUGCUGGAGUACAAACGUAAACAGGUAGAGGAGCAGCGUCAGGCGGAGCGGCUCCAGAGGCAGCUCCAGCAGGAGAGAGCCUAUCUGGUGUCUCUACAACAGCAACAGCAGCAGCAGCAACAGCAGCAGCAGCAGCAGCAGCAGCAGGAGGGGAGGCAAGCAGAGAAGAAACAGCUUUACCAUUACAAAGAUAUCAUCAAUCCUAAUGACAAGCCUGCCUGGGCUAAGGAGGUCCUGAAGCAGCAGCAUGUUCAGGGUAACCCACCCCGCCCUCAACUACGACAUCACCAAUCAUUCAACCAACCGGCUUCAUCCCCAGGCCAUCAAGGCCAACACAGAGCUCAGGCACCUAGGCGAACCCCGUCCCAUGGUGCCCAGCUCCUCCCCACCCACCUCCCACAUAUCCGUAUCUCACUAGACCCCGGAGAACCCCUUGAUCCGGGGCUGAAGCAGGAGAUAAGUCAGCAAGUCAGAGAGUUCAGGGCUCAGAAACUCAGUCAGAGGGGCCGCAGCCCGGGGCCCAUCCAGGAACAGGGCCAAGGGCCCAGUAAAGGACCUAGUAAGAGUCAUAAAGAGAAUUCCAAUCAAGGGCCAGUCAGCCAGGCAAUUCCAGUGCCCAACCAAUAUCCUAUGGGUCCUAACAAUCAGAAAGAGAAACCCAGAGACAGGCCUCUCUCUGCCCCGAGUCAGGCAGCCAUCCAGGUCCUCCAACCUCACCCUCAGUCCCCAGGACAGGUCCAGAGACCCCAGUCUGGAUCUAACCUUGCAGUCAAACUGGUGGAAGAGCGAUCUAAGCUGAACAGACAGAGCUCCCCAGCGCUGCAGCACAAAGUGUCCAACCGCAUCUCCGACCCUUCCCUCCCUCCCCGCUCCGAGUCCUUCAGCAGCGGGGGCAUGCAGCCUGCCCGCACCCCACCCAUCCACCGUUCCAUCGAACCACAGAUGGCCCAUUUGGUUCCAGUAAAGACCCACUCUGGUUCCAUGUCUGGCUCUCAGUCUCUGCAGGAUCAGACAGGCUCAGUUCUGAGUGAGGGCAUCAGCGUGGGCUCCCCAAGGCCCGAGAUGCCCCGCCAGAACUCUGACCCUACUUCUGACACCCCUGGAGCCCCGCUGCGUGUCACAGGCAGAGAGGAGAGGGAUCGUGACAGAGACAGGGAUCGGGACCGGACUGCCUGGCUGAGAGAGGAAGACAUCCCACCAAAGGUCAGAGAAUCAAGGAAGACUGGCAAUCCAGAGUUUCUGCAGGUCCCCCAGAGGACCACUUCGAUCUCUCCAGCCUUGGUCAGGAAGAACUCCCCUAACGGAGGAGUGGGUCUCGGCCCUCGCACAGGCUCUCAACUCAUCCGGGCGAGUAACCCAGACCUACGGCGCUCAGAGCUCUCUCUGGACGCCAUGCUGCAGAGAACUUCCUCCAACUCGUCAUCCUCCUCCUCCCCUUCAUCUCAGGGAGGCUCAGCCGAGAGGAGAGGUCAAGCCAAGCAGGAAGGAUCUCCUCCAGGAGCCAAUCAGGAGGCAAAGCCCAAACAGGAGGAGGGCCGUGACUCAGCCAGACCCAGCAGACCUGCAGACCUAAGUGCUUUGGCUAAGGAACUCAGAGAACUGAGGGUAGAGGAGGGAAGCAGACCUCCAGUCAAGGUGACAGACUACUCGUCCUCUAGUGAAGAUUCGGAGAGCAGCGAUGAGGACGGGGAGACGGUGGGACAUGAUGGAACUGUUGCUGUUAGCGACAUCCCCCGCAUCAUGCCAGCAGUGCAGAGCAGCGAUGAGUCGUAUGGAGGGCUGACAGAGGACUCUCUGGGAGAUGCCUAUAAUAGCUCCAAGGACGGCACUCUGGUGAUGAGAGAGGCAGAGGAGAGGAGGAGAGGUAGCCACACUGAGAGUAAUGGGUUCGGGAAUCACAGUAACCAUGGUAACCUCCCUGACCUGGUGCAGCAGAGCAACUCUCCCUCAGCCACACCCACUUCAGCCCUGCAGGAACUGGGCGACAUGGCUGAGUUUGGUGUCGGCGGGUCCAAAGCGUCCUUCACCCCAUUUGUUGAUCCACGUGUCUAUCAAACCUCCCCAAGUGAAAACGAUGAUGAGAACUCAGCAGCAGCCAUGUUUGCUAAUGAGCUGCUCAGACAAGAGCAGGCCAGACUAAACGAAGCCAGGAAGAUCUCUGUGGUCAAUGUCAACCCGACCAACAUCAGACCCCACAGCGACACACCAGAGAUCCGCAAAUAUAAGAAACGCUUCAACUCAGAGAUCCUGUGUGCUGCUCUCUGGGGUGUGAACCUGCUGGUGGGGACAGAGAACGGUCUUAUGCUGCUUGACCGAAGUGGACAGGGAAAAGUCUACAACCUGAUCACCAGACGGCGCUUCCUACAGAUGGACGUGCUGGAGGGGCUCAAUGUGCUCGUCACCAUAUCUGGGAAAAAGAAUAAGUUGCGUGUCUACUACUUGUCCUGGCUGAGGAACAGAAUAUUACACAACGACCCAGAAGUUGAGAAGAAGCAGGGCUGGAUUACAGUCGGGGAACUGGAGGGCUGUGUGCAUUAUAAAGUUGUAAAAUAUGAGAGGAUUAAGUUCCUGGUGAUUGCUCUGAAGAACUCUGUGGAAAUCUAUGCCUGGGCUCCCAAACCCUACCACAAGUUCAUGGCCUUUAAGUCAUUCACUGAGCUACAGCACCGUCCCCAGCUGGUUGACCUCACGGUGGAGGAGGGUCAGAGGUUAAAGGUCAUCUACGGCUCCAGCGUGGGCUUCCAUGUCAUCGACGUGGACUCAGGCAACCCUUACGACAUCUACAUCCCCUCACAUUGUGCCAAACUGACGAAGAUCCAGAGUCAGGUGACGCCCCAUGCCAUCGUGGUGCUGCCUAAGACUGAUGGGAUGGAGAUGCUGCUGUGUUACGAGGACGAGGGCGUCUACGUCAACACCUACGGGCGAAUCACCAAGGACGUGGUGCUACAGUGGGGAGAGAUGCCUACCUCUGUUGCCUACAUCCACUCUAAUCAGAUUAUGGGCUGGGGUGAGAAAGCCAUAGAGAUCCGCUCUGUGGAAACAGGUCAUCUGGAUGGAGUCUUUAUGCACAAGAGAGCCCAGAGACUCAAAUUCCUUUGUGAGCGGAACGACAAGGUAUUCUUCGCAUCGGUGCGUUCUGGGGGUAGCAGCCAAGUUUUCUUCAUGACCCUCAACAGAAGCUCGAUGAUGAACUGGUGAUAGCUCUUCCCACUGUCCUCUCUGCCUCACUCUCCAAUUGGCCUGCCCAUGCACAUCUCACAAACGAACCAGAUUGACCGCGAGGCCACAAGUGAACUCUUUUAACACAGGAGAGACUAAAUCCGCAUACAAAAACAAACAAAAAAAAAGUAAUCGUAGAGAAAAACAACAAAGACCUGUUCUAAAAUGAAGAGACAUGUUACCCUAGAUUACGUCGGGUCGUGCAGAAGCCAUUGUUACUCAACUGACUGGCAAACUGGUGCCACUGACUUUCCAAAUAUUCUGUCUCUGUAACUUUUCCCUUUCUGUCUGUCUCCAAACGGACCAGUGCAUUCAAGUGUUCAGCAGCUGUAGAAAUACACUUUACACCCGCCUCCCUCUGUCUCUCUUGUCUCCACGUCUUAAUCCUCUUCUCCUGUCCUUCCCGGCAGAUCUAGUCAUCACUUUUUCAAUCCUUCGACACCCAUGUCCUCUAUUUUCCUUCCCUCCUAUCUGCCAUGUUUGGGCUCACUCCCGGAGAACUUAACACCUCAAAGGUCGGUGGGAUAGAUGAAUAAGAUUUAAUAUAAAUUCAAAUAUAUACUUGUGAAUAUGACAGGGGCAGCCGAGGGAUGACAAAUCUACUCGGGAUGUCAGCAGUGAAAGCAGACAGCCUGAUUGAUUUUCUUUCUCCCCUGUCCCCUCCUCCUCCUCCUCCUCCUCCUCCUCCUCGAACUUCCUCCUCUCGCCAUCUUUUCGAGCCCUGAGCAAACAGAGUUGUGAUUUAGUGUUCGAUCGCAUCUGGCUGAUAGAGAUGCGUGUGAGACGAUCUGUCACAGGCGGGUUGUCACAGUAUGCAAAGAUGAUUUCUGUGUCCCUUUAAAAUGAAAUCACUGGUCCAUCCUUUUUUUUCUCCCCCUCCUCACUCUCAUCUUUCUGUCUUCACUCUUUAAACUCUGAAGGUGCUGCAUCAGAUAUACUGUAAUAUUAAAUGAACAAUGAGAGCAUCAUUCUGUUCAUUCUUUUGAUUUCUUUUCUUUUUCUCUGUGACCUAGCCGGUCAGUCUUUGAAGCGUGAUGAAAUGUACAGCACAUCUGUGUCUCUGAAAUCAGGAGCGUGUGUCGGUGUGUGUGAAUGUGUGCAUAAGUGUGUGUGUUUGUGUGUGUGUGACAUGUUGAAAUGAGUCCCGCUCAAAUCAAGGUUAAAUCAAAGCGGGACACUGAAAUCUAUGGCCAGAAAAAAGAGUCAAAUAAUUCAGUCUGUGCGUGAACUUUUACCUGAAUGCAACACUGAGUGUGUUUACAUGCAGAUUUAUGAUAUUAUCUUCUUAGUCUGAUGUUAUGAGUUGGUGUGUGUGAACACCUAGCAUUUAAAGAUAGGCAAAAUUAACAGCUGAUUUUGUUUUUUGGAGUGUUUUUCUGUUUCCUUUUAACACAGUAGUGUUUUGGCUAUUCACAAAUACAGCUAUGCUGCUGUUGGGAAGAUCCUGAAUACAACCUCAACAGGAUUUGAGCUACGAUCCCGAAUACUGUGUGCAUGUGGAAGCACUCAUUGUUGAAAGCUGUGGUGUCCUUUUGAAUCAUGCUCCUCCCUGAUUGGUUCUUCUGAUUUUUGGCUCGUAACUGUUUGUACAGUGCCUAGCAUGAUGUAAGCAAAACAAAAAAAGGAGGCCAAAAUAUUAUUGCUCACGUUUUAAUUAAUAAUUUUAUUGCCUAUAUGGUUAAUUUACACUGUUUAUUUUUUUUGUGAGUGUUGAUGUCUACGUUUAACACAUUGCCAAUUCUUGUCUCUUCUAACAGAGAUGUACAUUAACAAAUUUAAAGGGUAACUUUUGUAUUUAUUAGUUUUUUCAACCUGGACCUUGUUUUCCCAUGUGUUUGUGUCUAAGUGACUAAUAGAGACAACUAUUCUUAAAACUGGUCCAGUGUCCAGCUAGAGUGCUGCAGCCAGCAAUGGAAAAACAGGCUGCAAUGUAACCACAUGGGGCAAUUAUGCACGUUCAAAAUUAGGUCCACUAAAAGUGCUUGUUUUGGUCAUUGACAGGCUGACAACGUUAUAGAAAGGAUCAUGCACAGAUAGACAUUUCUUUUAAAGGGUAAGAUCCUUUUUUUUAACCAGACCAGCCCCAAAAUGGCUAUCACUAGACACACAAGACUCCCUUUAAAUAAACAGUAGUUUUACCAUCAUAAACUACACUUUGUUCAAAGCAAACUGAAACAAAAUACAACUCACACAAAGCAUCUUGGUUUGUCUUUCCACUGUUCCAAAAAUCACCAACUCUGGUUUGGUUGAAAUAAACUCAUUAUACUCUCAGUUAGAUGUGAAAAUGUGCUGGCUGUAUUCAUGUUAAAAUUACUGUGUAUUUGAAUGGGGUCUGGUGAGUUUGCCGAUAGCAGUUCUGGGGCUGCUUCUGAUUCAACAAAAGGGAUGUUAUUCUUUAAUCUGAGUCCAGCAGUAGCAAAAACAAGCACUGUAUGUGAUUGUAAAGUGAUGGAGCACAUAUGGCUACAUUGCAGCUUGUCUCACUCAAUACUGGAAUAUUUCAAAAAUUGUUGUUUCCCCAUUAGUCACUUAGACACAAAAACAUGGGAAAACAGGGGUCAGGUUGAAAAGUACUGAAGUUACCCUUUAAGACUUGAUUUAUUCUUUGAAAGGAGUAAGUUAAUAUAAAAAAAAACAUUUCUUUCUAAAUACAACUUGAUCAUAAAUACAUACUGUGUUAAAUUUAUAAUGCUUGAGGGUGGACUAGUUCAUGCAUACUCAUCCACAUUGGAGAGCACUGUAAUGCAGAUUAGUCUUUUUUCUGGUUGAUAUACUGUGGGUUUGGCCUGGCAUGUUGGCCUAUGGUCAGGGGUGCACCGACAGGAGAUGCAGACCAGGCAAAUGUUUGAGCCCCCCCAAAAAACAUUUGGGAAAAGGUGCUUAAAUGGCCACUCACAUGGUUAGUUUUGCAAUGACAACUCAAUAACCUCCCAUAAAAGCACUAUACAGUGCAGCACUGCUUCCCUACAAAAACCUUUAGUGGGGCUCCUUCUAGUCACUGCGUGACCUCCAUGGGCUUCUUUGCUUGGCGCCCACAGACUCAAGGAUUGCCACUGCCUAUGGUUAACAAACAUAAGGCGAAACAAAAAAAUAGACUCAUUCCCUGAUGAUGUAAUGAUCAUUUCAAUCAAGUUUAUGUCAAUUUAAUUAUUUUUUUAAGUUACAUUUUCAAAUACUUUUUACGCAUCCACACAGUAGCCAGCCGUAUGUUAGGUCCACCAAUCUCUGUUAGGGGGAGCAGGCUAACAUUUUAGCAAUAAAAAACCGAGCUGAAGAAAACCACUGUCUUCCCUAAGUGUGUGUGUGCACGCAUGCAUCUGAACUUGUGGUUACUGAGCAAGUGUGAAUGGGGCAUUAUUACUAUGUUUGUCCAUCACGAAAUCCACUCUUCCCAUUGGAAAAGGCUGACGGUCAUUACACUGAGGACUCUCCUUUCAAAGACGAAACCACUGUAUUCUUUAUUCUGUUUAUUUCCUGUUUUCUUUAUUUUGAAAGAGCAUUACUAAUGUCCUGUUUUGGGAUUUAUUUGUUUUGUAAAAGAGAUGCUGUAAGAGAGAAAUAAAUGAAACUAGAGAAUUA